AUGAAGUACGUUGCGACAUUCAGAGAAUCAGCUCAAAAAAGAGGACUACUUCAUUGUGACAAUAACUUAGCUGAAUGUAUGGUAGAAGCUGAGAGUUAUCAAAUGCCAUGUAGUUUGAGACGCUUGUUUGCUACAUUGUUAGUAUAUUAUGAUCCUGCUAAUCCAAGAGAAUUGUGGGAGAAAUUUGAGGACUCUAUGUCUGAAGACUUCAAAAUUUUACCAGACAUCGGAACAAAAAAUAUUCGAUAUAAAGUUUUAGACUGUCUCAAUGACAUCUUACAUUCGAUGGGACAUAACAUUAAUGAGUAUAAACUUAUCCCUGAAAAUUUCAAGGCUUCAAAGGCUGCCAAAGAAGCAAGAGAAAUAUUCUUCGAAAGAAACAUAAUCGUUACUGAAGAAGAGCUAUUACUGCGACAAAAGUUGAAUCGUGAACAACAGAUGGCAUACAAUGUAAUUAUAGACAGAAUAUCUUCAAACAGAGCAGGAGCUUUUUUUGUUGACGGUCCUGGAGGAACAGGUAAAACCUUUUUAUAUCGUGCCUUAUUAGCUACUGUGCGAUCUAAACGAUUUAUUGCUCUAGCAACAGCAACCUCUGGAAUUGCGGCUUCGAUUCUUCCAGGUGGCCGUACAGCUCAUUCCCGUUUUAAAAUUCCCAUUGACAUUGAUGAAAACUUUAGUUGCAAUAUUAUCAAACAAAGUUCACUUGGUUGUUUGAUUCGAGAUGCAAAAUUAAUUGUAUGGGAUGAAGUAUCGAUGGCAAUAAAGAAAAUGAUUGAAACUUUUAAUCUACUUUUGAAAGAUCUCUUGAAUACUAAUGUGCUUUUUGGUGGUAAAGUUGUUGUCUUUGGUGGUGAUUUUAGACAAACUCUACCAGUAGUUCGAAAUGAAAAAAGAGAAGAUUUCAUUCAUGAGAGUUUAUUAUAUUCUGACAUUUGGCCCCGACUUGAAAAAUUGCAAUUGUCAGAAAACAUGCGUGCAAAAACUGAUCCGGCCUUUUGUGAAUAUUUGACGAGAAUAGGAAAUGGAAAAGAACCUCUUACUUCUGAAAACAAAAUUGAAAUUCCAAAUUCAUUUAUUGUCCCUUAUACUAUUGAACAGGAAUCUUUGAAUGCAUUAUUUGAAACAACAUUUCCUAAUAUGCAUGCUUUCUUCCGUGAUACAUCUUGUGUAACUUCUCGUGUUAUUUUGACGACGAAAAAUGAUUUUGUAAAUGAAAUAAAUGAUAUUCUUAUAAGCAAAUUUUCAAAAGAAGCUAAAACAUUUGUUGCAAUUGAUGAAACAUGUGAAUCGAGUGAUCAAAGUCAGUAUGAAGAUUUUUUGCAUUCUUUAAAUCCUGUUGGUUUACCUCCUUACAGAUUAACUUUGAAAGAAAAUUGUCCAAUUAUAUUACUACGAAAUUUGAAUCCUUGUGAAGGUUUAUGCAAUGGCACAAGAUUGACAUGUAGUGAUUUUAAAACACAUGUUAUAAGCGCAAAAAUUACAAGCGGCGACUUUAAAAACACACAUGUGUUUAUUCCGAGAAUACCAUUGAUGUCAUCAGAAGAUGAAAAAUCACCAGUGCAGUUUAAAAGAACACAAUUUUCAGUAAAACUGUAUUUUGCUAUGACUAUAAAUAAAUCACAAGGUCAAACAUUAGAUUUUGUUGGUAUAUAUUUACGAGAACCAGUAUUUUCACAUGGCCAGCUUUAUGUUGCAUUGUCGAGAGCAAAAGCUGCCAAUUGUGUUAAGAUAUUAAUUCGGCCGCCAAACAAAUAG